CUGUUGCUUCGCGAGUUUCAAUCGUGGUGUGCUAUUUUCGCAUAUCACCAGGCGCCUAGCUUGAAUCGUUGAUUCGCGGGUGGGCAUAAGCCUGAAGCUUGUUGACAAUUAAAAGUGAGAAUUAUUUGCGAAAGGAAUAUUCCACCAGUCUUUCGCGACACCUCAAAACAGUCAGUUCAAAUGCCCAGAAUGGCUUCGUGGGGACCGAUAAAAAUUAGCACCACAUCAUCAAAAUUCCAGCGAAAAGCUAGCCAACUCAAUGCCGAGGAUCCGAACAGCUCCAGUGGGUUAUCGUUCACCGAAACCCUGAUGGAGGCACUGGCGAAGCGCAAGAAUCGCUUCAAAGAGAUAACGGAAGAGUUGAAUCAACGCAUCAACAAGGAGGAACAGGAAGGAACGUACGUCAAAUCACCGAUCAACGAGGAAACGAUUCGCAGCAUCAUGCAGCGGGUCAUCGAGCGGCAGUUCAAAGCCGAUGGCGAGGGCGAAAAGUACGUCUACGAUCCGGCCAACAAUCUCAAGAUGAGUGAAACGUUAGCCAAGCAGAUCCGGGAUCGGAUCAAGAAUCUGCAGUAUCCGAGAUAUCGAGUCGUCAGUUUUGUGACCGUGGUGGAAAAGAAGCAACAGGGGCUGUCCUACAAAAUGAAGUACAUUUUGGAUCCCAAUUUGGAUAAUUUCGUUCGAUUCUACUAUGAAACGUCUCAUCUGUGCAUCGUGGCAACAGCUAUUUUGAUUCAUAAAGAUUAGCUACGCAUCAUGUGAUCCUCAAAAUAGAAUAA